UUUUUCAAACAAAUCCUCCUAACCCUCAAACGAGGUCUCUCUCCGAAAGUCAGUCUCUGUUAUACUCCUUCAGCUAUUCCGUUUAUCUCUUUCUUUUUUGUUCUUACUCUCACUGUUAUUUUUUUUUAUUCCCGUUUCGGUUUCCUGUCACUCUUUUCGCCUGUUGCUUCCACGUCUCCCCCCAUAAACUUAGCCUAAGAUAGUGUUGGGUGAUGACCUGCUAAACAACGCUACAAAGUGAGUGAGCCAAGUCAUUUAAGAGCUUCCAGACAUGGGGAAACAGAACAGCAAGCUCCGUCCUGAGGUGAUGCAGGACCUGUUGGAGAGCACAGACUUCACCGAACACGAAAUUCAAGAGUGGUACAAAGGUUUCCUGCGGGAUUGCCCCAGUGGGAACCUGUCCAUGGAGGAGUUUAAGAAAAUAUAUGGCAACUUUUUCCCUUAUGGAGAUGCUUCAAAGUUUGCAGAGCACGUCUUUCGCACUUUUGAUGCAAACGGUGACGGGACAAUAGACUUCCGGGAGUUUAUAAUUGCGCUCAGUGUGACGUCACGUGGCAAACUGGAGCAGAAGCUAAAAUGGGCCUUCAGUAUGUAUGACCUGGAUGGGAAUGGCUACAUCAGUAAAUCUGAGAUGCUGGAAAUUGUACAGGCUAUUUAUAAGAUGGUGUCCUCAGUGAUGAAGAUGCCUGAGGAUGAGUCAACACCUGAGAAAAGGACGGAGAAGAUCUUCAGGCAAAUGGACACCAACAGAGAUGGGAAGCUGUCACUCGAGGAGUUCAUCAAGGGAGCAAAGAGUGACCCCUCUAUUGUACGCCUGUUACAGUGUGACCCCAGCAGUGCUGGACAGUUUUGAAGAUCAGGCAAUGGUUUGUAAGUGCUUCUAUGGCUGAUCCAUAAUGCCCUUCGCCGUCCACUCUGGAGAAGUCUGAUGAUGAAGAAUGACAAGCACAAGAUCACGAAGAAGACAGGGCCUUUUGGUAUACGUUGAAGACUUCAAAGAUGUGCACAACUCCCAACCCCAAAGCGGUUUGUCUAAAUUCAGGCAAACUCCAACUGCUGGACCGUCGUCUGGUUUUGAAAGCCCACAAUGACGGAACGAGAGAUAUUGUGUUUUAAUGCCAGGACUUCCUUUAGGUAAGAGAAUUCAAUCUGCAGAGCGGACUUGAGAUCAACGACCACUUCUAAUUUUCUCUUUUCUACUGUGAGAAUGUUUAUUGUGUAUUACACAAAUGUCUAGAUUAUUUGUUUCUUUAAAAAAAAAAAAAAAGUAGUGUGCUACUUUUUGUAUUUGCAGCUUUGCAAGUUCUCAAUAAUGUAUUGAAGGAUGAAACGCAUCAUUUCCUGUGGUUUUGCAUGUCAGUGGACAUCUUUUAAUAGAGGAGCAGAAGUUUUCGAUGCAAAAAAAAAAGUGCACACCUCAAUUUGUAAGGCAGAUCCAGCCCAUGAUGAAUUUUACGCUGUCACCUAUGUAUUGUAUUGUAUUUAUGCUGCUGCAGGAUUUCAAGCAUAAAAAUCUGUUUGUUUGUCACGUAGUCUGUAUAGAAGAUAUUUUACUAUCAUUUAUAGAUGUUUUUAAGUGCCGCAUGUGAAAUGGGAUCAGUUUGCUACUAAUAACACAUGCUCGGUGUUGUGCGAAGACGUGUGACCAGUCACAUCGUGCUUGCUUCUGUUCCCAAGUAUUUUCAGGGUCAGCACUACCAGUCAGUAUUAUUCAAGUUCCACUUAGUAUCCCUUUUCGGUGAAACACAAAAUAGCAUCUUGUGGUCACAUGCCAAAUCAAACAAAAGGCAGUAUUGUAUAAACGUGUACUUUGUGAUGUCCAUCCAGACAUCUUCGAUGCCGCUUAUCCUCACUUGAGUCGCGGGGGUAUGCUGGAGCACCCCGGAUCGGUCUGUAUACAUUCAUGUGAUGUGCUUAAUGAAAUGUUUAUAGUUGCAGUUGCAUUUUUGUAGGUUUUUGUAUGGCAUUUUGUAUGGCAUCUUUCAGUGUUCAAUGGUUUCAGUUUUUGCACAUGCAGGAUUUUGACCGACUUUAAAAAAGGCAAGAAUUAAAUUUACAAAUCAAUGUUGUGUUGUGGUUUUGCUUACUGCCUGAAUCUCAGGGUGCACUUCUAGCUCACUGUCAUAUAAAUAGUUAGACCAACCCACUGACUGUAUUUUCACCUGUACACUCUUUGCUGUAUGCAUUUACAGUCAUGGAUUUCAUCAAAUUUAUUAUAUAAAUUAUGUAAUUACUACUAUGACAGUGCCAACGGCGGCUUGGUUUUAGUGACGUUAAUUUAAAUUUUGUUACAUUCAUGAAAUGUCAAUGGAAAUUAUGAAUGUCAUUGUUCCGUUAUUACAUGUGCACAAUAAAAAUGUUUGCAGCCUGAUGUCACUGCCC